GGGGUUUGUUGAACCAAACAGGCGGUUCAACGGGAUGACCACAUGGUAAUUACCUAAAACAUCCUAAAACCUUUUGCGAUCUUUGCACUUGGUCUCUUGGACUCUCGCCGAAGUCAUUUCCCAAUUCAAGCCGUGUCCUGUCGAAUCAAUGAUGUGUUGUCGUCGCCUCCUGGUCGUCACGCUGGCGCUGUUCCCGGUGGUCGCCCUGCGGCACGCGGAGGAGGAGUCGCCUUCGGAGGCGGCAAGAAGUGGUGAUGAGGAUGGCGAUGAGGAUUUUCUCCAUGAUCUUCAUGACAUUGAUUGGUUUCAACGCCCUGCAAGGCCCCGAAAGCGAAAGGAGGCAGGGACGAGUCCGUCCAGUGACGAUUUGGGACGUCAAGUAGUCCAUCCAGUGGACAGAGAACUGGUUGAACAAGAACUAUCUAGUUUUCAACCUCAUGGUCGGGCUACUGACAGCUACUCGUAGGGUGGUUGGACAAGUCGGAAGCAUUGGCCGAUUGAGGAUUCCCACCAUGCAGUCCAUGCCCUGUUAACCCAGCAGUCCAAGGAUUCUGGACUAUCAAACCCCUGGGCCAUGCACAUCCAGACCAGUGACUAGGGUCAUUGACUUGACGUUACAUCGGUGAACAGUCCCCGGCAGAAAGUUCAAUUUUUGUUCAGCAGGUGGUUGAGCCAGGAUGGAAGGCUGACUCCAAAGGGCUGACUCCAUCCGGACUCCAUCUAUCCAUGAUGGAUGCCCGGUGUCACGUCAUAAGAGGUUCGGAGCUGUUGGAAUUUCGCGCAAUUCCAUCAUUCUGGGGUCGCAGUAGUGAUCUUGACUUGACAGGUCUCUUUUAAACACGUAUUAGGAUAAAAUUUCUCCUCACAGACCUCAACAAAGCCCCCCAGAGCACACUUAAACAGCUCGUUAUAGGAAGUACGAUAUGGCAGGAGAGUGGCAACUGACGGGGCUUUCUCUUUCUGUAUGGCGUCAGGCUGAGAAGGGAACCUCUUUGGCUGAAUGAAGCACUGAUGAUGCGACGUUGUCAUGCUGUCCCAUGCACCCUGUGAGUGCAAAGUUGCCGCAAUCUCGAACUCUGAGAAAACUUUCGCAGGAGAGAGAAUCGGCUGUCAGGCUGAAAGAUCUCUGAGCUUCACUGUGUCUGAACGUUGGAGCUGCAGGUGGCUUGAGUCUUGAGUCCCAAAAUCACGAUCCCUGCAAAAAGCACCAUUUUGCUCGCAUCUGGAUUGCCAGGGGCGUGGCGAGACACUUUCGUUGGCUCGCAUCCAUGCCUUCUUGAGUGGGCUUCAAGCCUGCUUUCUGCCAGUGAGUAUCAUUCUGUCGAGUCACUGCUUUUGGAGGCAAUGGCGAAGACGCCGAAAGUGAAGACUUCGACGGACCACACUGGCGCAAUGCUUGAGAUGGGCAGUGCAGGCAGCGCAGGCAGCGCAGGCAGCGCGCGCAAUGCCUGCACCUCGAAGUUUCGCAAGACGGAGACCGUUUUGGGAGAAGGUGAAUUCGGCACGGUCUACGAGGUGGAGCCGGUGCAGAGCUGGUACGAGUACUUGACCUUCGCUCAGACGCAGAAGUUCGCCCUCAAAGUGCCCAAGGAGGAAGGUGUUCUUGAAGCGGAGAAAGAGCUGGAAGUGAUGGCCGCCACAGGAAAGCUUGAGUGUGCCCACGUCUUACCAUUGCUGGAAGCAAACCCAUGCAUUGACGGAGUGACCUUGGAGAAUUCCUUUGUGACGACGCUGCUGCCGUGGGAUUUUGAAAAGUGGCACCGGACACACAAGAUCCCCAAGAAAUGCUUCGAGGGUGUGAAGUUUGCCAUCAAAGACGGCUUGGACUGCAUGCAUGCAGCAGGCUACAUCCACAACGACCUCAAGGAUGGCAAUGUCUUGUUCGAGUACUUGGAUGAAGAUGGCUGUCCGCAGGGUAUCAAGUUGGCAGAUUUCGGUCUCUCACACCCCAUCAACACUCCCUUGAACAAGUAUGACAAGGCAUCCUACAAGGAGACCAUCCAUAUGACCGCGAGUCUCUUUGCUGACAUGAAGGACCCCUUGAACCUCACUGACCCGGUGGACCCCUGGAUGGUCAGAGCAGAGGGGACCAUCGACGAGUGUUCGUGGGCGGAGAUAGCCUAUCAGCUGUUCAAGAAGAAGGAUAAGGAACUUCAAGAGAAGUUGGGCAAAGGUGCCUGUGGAAAAAUGGGCCCCAGGCGGAAGUUAACGCUGCCUUGAACAGCCGCCAGACAUCGCCAGACUCUGUGAGAAACUCCAGCGAGAAAAAGUGGGACGGCCGUCUGCGAUUUUGCAGGGAAGACAUACGAAAUUGUACAAAACUGGAAUGUGCGGCGAUCCGCUUCGACUCAGCAACG